AUGGAAGAAACCCGAGACCCAAGGAAAUACCUGCAAAUAGAAAUCCAACCAAAAUCCAAGUCCAUACUCAGCAGCAGCAGCACCGAGACUGAACCCAUCAACUCUCAGCCUGGUUAUUCCAAGUGCUUCGACGAUGAUGGCCGCUUGAAGCGAUCAGGCACUGUUUGGACUGCGACUUCACACAUAAUCACAGCUGUGAUAGGCUCAGGGGUUUUGUCAUUGGCGUGGGCGGUGGCACAGCUUGGAUGGGUGGCAGGCCCCAUUGCGAUGUUGCUUUUCACCUUAGUCACCUUCUACACUUCCAACCUACUCUCUCGAUGCUACAGGUCCGGCGAUCCAACCACUGGAACCAGAAACUACACCUACAUGGACGCUGUCAAAUCCAACUUAGGGGGACGAAAGGUGAUGGUUUGUGGAACAAUCCAAUAUUUGAAUUUGUUUGGGGUUGCAAUAGGAUACACAAUUGCAGCUUCAAUAAGUAUUAUGGCAAUUAAGAAGUCCAGUUGUAUUCACAAGAGUAGAGGCAAAGAUCCAUGUAAAAUGUCAAAUAACUGGUAUAUGAUCACAGUCGGACUCAUCGAAGUGAUCCUUUCUCAGAUCCCAGAUUUUGAUCAACUAUGGUGGUUAUCCAUAGUUGCAGCAAUCAUGUCUUUCACCUACUCUGCAAUAGGCCUUGGUCUUGGCAUUACUAAGACAGCAGAGAAUGGGAGCUUUAAAGGAAGCUUGAUGGGAGUUAGCAUAGGGGAAGCAAGCACAGGAGGUGUAACCUCAAUGCAGAAAAUGUGGAGAAGUGUGCAAGCUCUUGGAGCUAUUGCCUUUGCUUAUUCUUACUCUGUUAUUCUCAUUGAGAUUCAGGAUACAGUAAAAUCUCCUCCAGCAGAGUAUAAAACCAUGAGAAAGGCUACCUCGAUCGGUAUCACUGUGACUACAGUGUUCUACAUGCUCUGUGGAUGCAUGGGCUAUGCUGCAUUUGGAGACAAAGCACCAGGAAAUCUUCUUACAGGUUUUGGAUACUUCAGUGCCUACUGGGUUCUUGACAUUGCCAAUAUUGCAAUUGUGGUGCAUUUGAUUGGAGCAUAUCAGGUAUAUUGCCAGCCUCUGUUUGCAUUUGUGGAAAAAUGGAGUGAAAACAAAUGGCCGAAUAGUAAUUUCAUUGGAAAGGAAUAUGAGAUACCCAUUCCUUUCUAUGGUUCCUAUGAACUCAACCUUUUCCGUCUAAUAUGGAGGACAGUCUUUGUUAUGGCAACAACAGUGAUAGCCAUGCUUCUGCCCUUCUUCAACGAUGUUGUUGGUAUACUUGGAGCACUUGGGUUUUGGCCGCUCACUGUUUACUUCCCAGUUGAGAUAUUCAUUGCAGAAAAGAAGAUUGGAAGAUGGACAAGUCGAUGGCUUGGACUUCAGAUACUGAGUCUUGGUUGCCUCUUUAUCACUAUAGUUGCAGCAGUUGGGUCUGUUGCUGGAGUACUUAUCGACCUCAAAACUUAUAAGCCAUUUCAAUCUAAUUGAUGGGAACCUAUCAUCUUAUAGCAUUUACUAUACACAUUGAGAAGAAAGCAUAUCAGUUUCUUCAUGUCUAAGCAAUAGUAUGGUAAACCAGUCCAGUGUGUAUCACAGUUAAUGGAGUUCCUUUUAUACCUUCUUUUCUCUUGUUCUUCGCAAUCUAUAAAAUGUAGCCGCAGC